AUGGAACGACCGAUGAAGCGACCGCGUCUUGCGGGGACUUUAGAUGUUGAAGAGGAUGCGCCUAUAUCGGGAGACUGGGAUCUUCAAGCUGCACGAGCCAACAACGACAUGCGCCUGAAAUCUAUCUUUGAAGGCAUCUUUUCGAAAUACGGCCAGGACUUCACAGACGUAGGCGACGAGAUCGAUCUACAAAGUGGGAAAAUCGUGGUCAACAAUGGUCAUCUACUGGGCAUGCGUGAAGAAGUCGAUACUGGGAACAAGGAAGAUACAGACUCCGAGGCAGAGGAGGAUGCAGAAAGGCCAUUAGAGGAAUUUGAAGCGAAGGAGAACGAAGCUACGGGUCCCGGUGCUGGUGAUAAGUUACUAGCUUCUGCAGGCGAUAAAGAAGGCAAUGGAGAUGACGAGGCCAAGCCCAAAGUUUACUGGGUGCCUUCUGAUUCUGAAUCUGAUUCUCCAGAUUCCAAAUACCUCAAAGCUACAUAUCUCCAAAAAUCAGUUGAAUUAGCCUCCAUUCCCACGGACCCUCUGUGGCAAGCUCCUGACUUGCCCCAGAUCUUCUCGACGCCAGUGGAACGGAAUUACCAUGUGGCAUCCAGGUUGCCAAUCCUGAACAAGGAAGUUUCUCCACCAGGGUCUGGCUCUCUUUGGGCUGUGCCUCGACGAGGCCGCCCGCGAAUCGAGGAAAAGCCCCAAGCGACGCCGAGCAAAUCCCGGCCCCGGGCGAAACGCAAGUAUCAUUCCAGUCCUGUAACACAAGAUUGGAAAUUUCGAGAAACGUCGGACGGUGACGAAUCGGACGACCCGUUACAGGAAGCCCAAGUAACGUCUUCGCCAUUAAAGGCAUGGAAUAUCCGUGGGAGGCGAUGGCAUCCAUCGGAUCAUAAGCCUACGACACCGAUUAGUCGUAAAUAUGCAAAGCUUCCCCCAAGCCAAUCGGCUACGGGAACUAAAGAUGGUGGUCGAAAUAACCACUCGGAAGCAAGCGAUGUGCAGGGAGACGUAGCGGCUUUUGUAGCCGCUUCGCCAUUACAAUACGAUUCACAUGCAAAGCCAGAUGCAGAUGCAGAAGCAAAAGGAGGAGAUGCAGAUGCAGAAGCAAAGGCCGAAUCCCACAGCCACGUUAUCUUGCAGCCCGUGCACAAGACAACACCAACAUCCCCGUCAACGGAAGAAACGCCCACCAAAUCAUAUCGCGGCCUAACACCCGACGAAUCAAAAAUGAUCAUCCGUAUGCGCUUCAUACAAGGGAGAAAUAUGAGGGAAAUCCAUAAAGUUCUUCCAUAUUACAAAAGGAAAUGCCAAGUAUCUGCUUGGUUCACUGUUCACUGGGACGGGCGACGUGCAAGACCGCCCCGGUUAUCCGCCCCAUGGUCUCAUAAAGAGCUGGAGACUUUGGAUUGGAUUAAAGAUCAAUCGGGUUUAUCUUGGAACACAAUACGAGACAAGUUGCCAAUUCGUUCUCGCGCUGAGAUUGAAUAUGAAUUGUUACGUUUGUGGGUAGGAGAGGAGGUUUGGAAUAGCAAGUACACGGCAGGGGAAAACAGAGUCAUUUCACCUAAAUCUUCAUACAAACAUGUCGAGCAUGAGAGCGAAAAUGAUGAUGAGGGUGAUGAGGAUAAGGAUAAUAUAGCCAUCGAACUAUCCAGCCCUAAACAGACUGAACCCGAGGAAUCCGGAUUGAAGCAUCUGAUUAUGACACCAUCUCAGACACCAUCCCAGACACCAUCUCAGGUAUCCGGAAUCCACUUCGAGAGUCCAAUUCUCAACUGCCGAGAGACACCAAGCUUAUCUUUACCUGCGAGACGUUUCAAUUGGAUUUCCUCAUCAAAAAAGUGA